UGCUGCUGGAGCAGCCGCUGCUGCGCCGUGUUGCCCGCCAGCACAAAGUCGCCGGCAAGGGCAUGCCCGGCUGGCACAAAAGGAAGGCGCGACCGUUGGGCCCCUCCGCUGUUCCCCCACGCCCGCCGUCACCCUCGCUUCUUCGCUUCCUGCCUCCAUCUCCCCCUCUCCCAGCGGCCCAGUGCCCUGACAUCCCGUCUCUCGCCCUCGUCCGUCGUCUGUGCUGUGCACAUCGGCCAUCCCUGCUCGAGCGCCCCACACUCUCUUCUCUCUCGCCCGCCCAUCUCAGAGACUGGCUCUCUCCCUUCCGCUCUUUUCGCACCUCUCUCCUCCUCCGCACGCAACCCCACUCUCACCAUGCGUCUCCCCUUCGUGGUGCUGGCCCUUGCCGCCGCCCUUGCCUCCUCGACGGGAGCUGUGCCGCUCUCCGACGAGCUGGCGGGCGGUGCGGCCGGUGCAGCUGCUGCCCUUGCGCGCGCACCGGCGCCGCUGCGGCCCUCGCACGCCGCACGCCACGUCGCCUCCUCUCCCACCUCCGCUCCUCUCGCCGGCGCAGCGGCUGCUGCCCCGGCCUCGCUGGGUGCACGUCUGCUGAGCCUGCUCGGCAACGAGCGUCGCGCCGCCGUCGCCGGCGUGCGCCGCUCGGCGUCGCCCAAGAAGCACAAGCGCGGCACGCACGCCAAGCGCUGUGCGGCCUCGUCGUCGACGGCGUCGACGAAGAGCGCCUCCUCCACCUCCUCGGCGGCCAUGACGACGUCGACGGCACUCCCGCCGACGCAGAACGCCGCCACGCGCAAGCUCGUCGCCGGCGGCUACUGGGCCGACUGGACGGCGGGCACGCUGCCGCCCGAGUCGAUCGACUUUUCCAAGUUCGACUUCAUCAACUACGCCUUUGGCACGCCGAACUCGGACGCGACGAUUACGUUCAGCAGCGGCACCUACUCGGAGAGCCUGCUCAAGCGUCUCGUCACCGCCGCGCACAACGCCAACUCCAAGGUCGUGCUCUCGCUCGGCGGCUGGGGCAACUCGGGCGGCUUCAGCGGCGCCGUCGUCAGCGACACGCAGCGUGCCAAGUUCAUCCGCAACCUCGUCGCCAUGCAGGCCAAGUUUGCCCUCGACGGCUUCGACUUUGACUGGGAGUACCCGAACAACGUGCAGGGCGCCACCAACCGGCCCGAGGACACGCGCAACCUGCAGACGUUCCUCGUCGACCUGCGCGCCGCCGUGCCCAAGGGCACUAUCCUCUCCGCCGCCGUGCCGCACCAGCCGUGGCUCUCGUCGGCCGGCGCUCCGGUCGGCAGCGUCGCCCGUGCCGCCACCGCGCUCGACUACAUCGUCAUCAUGAACUACGACGUCUGGGGUGCCUCGUCGAAGCCUGGCCCGAACGCACCGCUCGGCAACCUCUGCGGCAACUCCACUCAGCCCGCCGCCUCCGCCGCGGCCGGUGUCAAGCAGUGGGCAGCAGCAGGCAUGCCUCGCAGCAAGAUGCUCCUCGGCAUCCCGGCGUACGGCUACAUCAACACCUCCACGCGUCGCAAGCUCGUGCAGCGCGACGAGGAGCUCGCGGCGCCCAACCUCUUCUUCGUGCGCGACGAGGAGGAGCGCAACCCCAUGAAGCGCGCUGCUCCGGUGACCAACCUCGAGGGCAACACCAACGACGGCCAGGUCAACUUCAGCGGCCUGCUCCGUCAGGGCGUGCUCACGGCCAAGAGCGACGGCUCGUUCGUCGCUGGCUCCGGAUGGACCAAGUACUGGGACGACUGCUCCGACACGCCCUUCCUCUCCGACGGCAACAAGGUCAUCACCUACGACGACACCUUUUCGCUGUACGACAAGGGCGCCUUUGCGCAGCAGGCCGGCAUCGCCGGCGUCAACAUGUGGUCGAUUGACGGCGACACCAAGAGCUGGAGCCUGAUCAACUCCGCACGCAAGGGCAUGGGCCUCAAGUAGUGGCCACACUCGCGCGCAUCCAAGGACAAAAAGGCGACGUGCAGGUUCGGAGCAGAGGCGGCCGUGUCCGCCCCACGGUCGUCUCUCGACUUCGCAGCCUUGCUUCCCGCCACUCCUUUGCCUCCUGCCCCCACCCGCGAACCCCACUUACUUACAGUCCCGUGCCGCUUCUUCCUUGCGUGUCCUUUCCCAUAGAGCUCUUCUCCGUCGUCUCUCCAGCGUCACCUAUACAUCACCCGCGUCCCCCGUGUCCUCCCCAUCGUCUCGUGUCUCGUGUGUCUCCUCUGCGCGACCUCUUUUCUUUCUCUCAGCGCGAUCUCUGGGCCAAGCGAGUCGCUUGCUGCCUGCCUCUGGUCCUUCUGAGUCUCUCCUUGGAAUGCCAUGCCCGUGCUGUC